AGAUUGCAGUUUGGUCACACUGAAGAGAAUUCAUUCACUAACAUUCUGAGUUAAGUUAGAGCAUAUUUUAUUCAAAAUGAUUAAUUGCACAAUAUUUAAUGGAAUGCGAAUGCUGCGGCUUACUAACAUAAUUAAAACAAACCAAACAAAUUCACUAGCUUCUGUACGUCUUUAUGCCACACAUCCAAAACGAUUCUAUAAACAAACGAAUGUGAUAUGCACAGAUAACGGCUAUGAGGUUACGUUAGACCACAGGAAGCUAAAGACACCCAAAGGAACACUGUUUACAGUGAAGAGUGAGCCGCUGGCAAUAGCCGUGGCCACUGAGUUCGAUAAUCAGAAGGAGCAAAUAGAACGCUCUCGAAUGCAUAUAUCGGCACUUUGUUUCACAGUUCUGGACAAUCCCAAUAAUCUGACGAAGCUCGACAUAGUCAACUACUUAUUGAACUUUGUGCCUACCGAUACAGUUCUCUUUCAAAAUGAGACUGAAACGGCUUUGCAAGAGCUGCAAUUGAAUGAAUGGGAUCCGGUAAUCAAUUGGUUUAACAAACGUUUCGAGACAAAUCUACAGAAGACUAUGAGUAUAACACCGCCUUAUGUGACCGACGAAGACAAAAUUAAAAUCGCCAAGCAUUUCCAGUCGUUCAGUCUAGAUACAUUGCAUGGAUAUACUUUUGCAGUGGAUACGCUGAAAUCGAUUGUGUUAGCUUGCGCUGUAAUUGAGCAACAAAUUAGUGUGGAGAAAGCCGUUACACUCUCACGUCUAGAAGAGGAAUAUCAACUAAAGUUUUGGGGACGCGUCGAGUGGUCUCAUGACCUAAGUCAACAGGAUCUACAAGCUCGCCUGGCCGCCUCAGUGUUAUUUGUUCAUUUCAAUUGCUCAGAGCACCUUGUUCAAGAAAAACUCUUAUUAUAAUAUUAAAACCAACUUUCCUUUCUUUUGAAAAUUGUCAUUUAAAUGAUA